AUGGGUGACAUUUCACAACAGCUCCCAGGCUAUCGGCUUGGUGUCGACGUCGGGGGUACUUUCACCGAUGUUUGCGUGAUUACGCCUCAUGGAGACUCUGUCCGUGCAAAAGCUCCAUCGACCUCCCCCGACCAAAGCGUCGGCGUGAAGCAGGCGAUCGACAAAGUGCGGGCCACCUUGCUGGCAGAGUACGGCUGGUCAGGAAAAUUCGACUACGUCCACCACGGAACGACGGUUGCGACAAACGCGGUGUUGGAAGGCAAGGGAAGCAAGGCCGCCCUGGUUGUCACCGAGGGCCACAAGGACAUUCUCAACCUCCGACGGUCCCAGAUCCCCGGGGCUCUGGGUGCCUGGCUAACCUGGGAUGCCCCCACGCCCGUCAUUCCUCUCGAAUUGACUGUCGAUGCUCCCGAACGGACUGCCAUUGACGGAAAGAUCGUAGACCCCUUGGACGUCGCCAAGUUCCGCCGAAACUUGAUUCCCUUGAAACAGGAGAACCUCGACGUCAUCUCGAUCAGUCUUAUCAACUCCUUUGCUAAUAACAAGCAUGAGCUGGAAGUGGCCCGCAUCCUGCGCGAAGAAUUCCCCUCGGUGGAGAUUGUCUUGUCUAGCGAUGUGUUGCCGGAAGUGGGAGAAUACGAGCGAACCGUCACCGCUUCGGCAAAUGCUCUGGUCAAGCCUACAAUUAAGCGAUACGUCAGUCAUCUCAGUACCAUCUUGAACGAGGACAGUGAUACCAUUCGCAUUCUCAAGAGCGAUGGCGGUCUGACCGGCCUCAAAGUGGCCGAGGAGCUGCCUGUCAAUCUGCUCAUGUCGGGUCCUGCUGGAGGAGUCCGUGGAGUCUGCCAGACCGUGGGCGCUGAGUAUUCGAAUCUGAUCACCUUGGACGUGGGCGGCACUUCCACGGAUUGCGCACUCAUUGUCAAUGGCAUGCCCGCACUACGGAGAGAAACAGUGAUCGGCACCUUGAGCGUGAAAGCCCCAUCGAUCGAUGUCCACACUGUCGGGGCCGGAGGUGGCUCGAUCGCUAGGUACAGCGCCUUGAGCAAGCAUCUACGUGUCGGUCCUGAAAGCGCGGGGGCCUCACCCGGUCCUGCCUGCUAUGGCAACGGAGGUCGAGAGCCGACCGUGACGGAUGCUAACUUGGUGCUGGGCUAUCUUCCCUCCACUUUGCUCGGGGGCGAUUUCAAGCUCGAUGUUGCGGCUGCCAUCGCAAGUGUGUCUUCUCUUGCCUCGCAGGUGGGGCUGACAACGGAGGAAACGGCUCAAGGCAUCAUUGACCUUGCCAACGAGACCAUGUACGGCGCGGUUCGAGUGGUUUCGGUCGAGAAAGGCUACGAUCCCAAGGACUUUUCUCUCGUGGUUUUUGGAGGAGCAGGUCCCCUUCACGCAAAUGCUAUCGGAGAGCUCCUUGGCUCGUGGCCAGUCAUCAUUCCUCCAUCGCCCGGCAUUCUUUGCGCCCAGGGCGAUGUGAUCACGCGGCUCAGCCACGAAAAGACCAAGUCUUACAUCACCGGCAUGUCCACGCUGGACUUGGAUGACUUUACCCAAAACUUGAACAAACUUGUCGACUCCUGCUGCUCCAAACUUCUCGAGUCCAGCUCCAUUGACAUAUCACACCGAGUGACGACAGAAUGCAAAGUCGAUUUACGAUACAUCGGCCAGUCUCAGGAGCUGACCGUGACACUUGAUCGGCACGAUCUGGAAGACGGCCUUGAACAAGUCAAGAAUGUGCUCCGGAAGAGUUUCGAAGAUGAACAUCGCCGACAGUACACUUUCAUCAUGCCGCAGUACGACAUUGAGUUAAUGAGAAUGCGUGUCAUUGCCUCGGAUAAUCCCCCGGAAGUUAGCUUCCACACCUCGUCAGGAGGCGAGGAUGGCGAGAAACCCCCCCUCGAAUCGGCAAUCAUCGACAGAAAGAUGAUCUAUCACAAGGGCCAAUACGUCGAAGCCGUGGUUUGGGAUCGCAAAGCCAUCAGUCUCUCGGGCACGGUCCUCCGUGGUCCAUGUAUCGUCAACGAAGUCGAUUCCAACACCCUUGUUCUCCCGGGAUACGUGGCCAAGGUUGACCGCAUGCACAACCUCGUAGUCAAUCCUGAGGCUCAGAGCAAGACGGCGGUGGAGGCAGCAGGCCGGGAGACAUCAAUGUCUCGCGAAGCCGCCGCGCGGUAUGUGACGGAGAAGACCAUCAUUCCGACAUUGAUCGAGUCGGCGCUGGCUUCGAUCCGGCGAGAAAUGGACUCGCUGAUGUUGAGGGCGUCAAUGUCCCCGGGCAUCCGCGAACAACAGGAUGAGUUCAACGUGGUCACCAACGCCAGCGGUCAGAUGCUCGUGGGUCAGUUUGGCAGUUUCAUUCCUGACUUCCUCCGAGUCUACCACGGCCUGAUUGAAGAAGGCGACGUCUUCAUCACCAACGAUGCCUACGAGAUGGAGGGAGCCGUCUCUCAUCUGAACGAUGCGAUCAUUCUGGUCCCAAUCUUCUUCCAAGGCAAAAUUGUGGGCUGGGCCGCCAAUUUUGGGCACUUGACAGAUGUCCAGGGAAGCACUCCUGGAAGCUUAUCGAUCGAUGCGCGAACCAUCUACGACGACGGGUUGCAGAUUCCCGUCGUCAAACUCUACUCCAAAGGGGUCAUAAACCAGGAAGUCAUCACCAUUCUCUGUCGGAAUUCUCGAGCAGCGGAUUGGUUUCGAGCGGACGUCUUUGCCUUGCUUUCGUCUUGCAACACGGCCGCCCUCCGAGUGCAAGAACUCUGUGAGCGCUAUGGGCUAGAAGUAUAUGAGGCGGCGACAGACGUCCUCCUGCACAGAAACAAAAUCGCAGUCCAGAAGCUGAUCGAUACCGUGAUUACGGAUGAGCCGGCCGAAUUCAUCGACUUCAUCGACGACGAUGGCCAUGGCGUCGGCCCCUUUGCCAUCAAGUGCACCAUGACCAAAAGGGAUGGCAAGCUUUUCUUCGACUGGGAUGGAACCUCCCCACAAAGUGAAUUUUCCAUCAACUAUCUGCUGUCCAAGAAGAUGUUCACCAUGUACAUUGUCUACUAUCUCCUCGCCAUCAUUGACCCGUAUACCUUGGUGAACAGCGGAGCGAACGACCUGAUUGAGAUCGACCUACCGCUGGGCUCCAUUCUGAACCCCGUUCGUCCCGCGGCCUUAAGUUGCCGAACUCAUCUGCUAGGUCGCGUCUUCGACGUUAUCCAGGCUCUCCUGGGUCAGCACAUGCCCGCGCACCGAGCUGCCGCCGGGUUUUCGGACUCGCCUCACAUUUUCUACUCGGGAUUCAAGCCGACAGGGGAUUUCUUCCUAUUGUAUCAAAUCGGCUUUGGCGGUGUGCCUGCACGGCCAGCCGGUGACGGACUCGAUUGCCACUGCCUCUUCCCAUCCAUCAAGUCAAUCCCUGUCGAGACCAUUGAACUGUACUUUCCCCUGCGGAUCGAAUUGAACGAAGCUCUUGCCGACAGCGGCGGGGCUGGAUUCUACCGCGGAGGCAACGCGCAACGAACACUUUACCAUUUCCUCUGCGCCGGAGACAUGAAUCUCCAUGACGACCGCGCGUUCACCAAAGCCUGGGGCUGCGAUGGCGGAUACCCUGGCCUGCGCUCGCGCAAAGUGCUGAUCGAAUAUUCCAAGGAUGCGAAGAAUCCUCCUCGGAGACACCUCCGGUCCAAACAAGACCACAUCCGCGUCGAGGCCGGUGACGUUCUGGAAUGGGUGACUUGGGGCGGCGGCGGCAUCGGCGAUCCGCUGACUCGACCGGCGGAAAAGGUCCUAACAGACGUGAAGCGUCGCCUCGUGACCACCGACGGGGCGGCGAGCAACUACGGCGUCGUCAUCGACCCAAAGAAGCUGACUGUACAAGAGACGGAGACGGCGAACCUGCGUGCCGAGCUCGCUGCAAGUCGCAAGUCGGCCGACUCCGCCAGUCAGCUGUAUAAUCGUGGAGGUACGCUGGAGGAGCUGGAGGCCAGCUUCGUCGCGGAAACGGGGUUUCCCGCCUUGCGACCACAGUGGGAGCAGAACCCUUACGGUCCGCAUGUCAAGCUGCCAUAUGUACAGGAGUGGUACAAGAAGAUGAGGGAGCAGAAGGGCUGGCCGGGUUUGUAG